AUGCCGCAGCGCGAGCGGGCUUGUUCCCUUUCUCCUCGACGGCAUGAAGGUCAUGCUCGUCUAGUGCGCUAUAACUCUGAGGGACAGUUAGGGUUGAAAGGUAUCUCUUUGGAUGAGUUAAAAAAUUUUAGGGAUCGGCUGGCCAGCAGAAUUGCAGCAUCUAAGUUAAGCGAUGACUCGGUUGUCCCUGGAGCUCUUCUGGAUGAUACAGACACACAAUUGCUGCAAAAUUUGGUUCAAAGUCACAAGACUCGUGGUAGGCAGACCAGAAAAAGAGACGAUCCGAUUAAGUUUAUAGUGUGGAACAUUCGGGGUGCUGCGAAUAAGGAGUCGUUGAGGCACAUUCGUAGCGCUUGUAGAUCAAACGAUAUUCGUUUACUGAUCCUAUUGGAGCCAUUAGCUAAUGUCUCCCAUUUGGAUAGUGUGCAGCUAUUCUUGGGUUUUGAUUUUGCACAGUCCUUCUUGCACAACAAAAUUUGGAUUUUCUGGUGUUCAGAUGCGCGAUAUUCUUUUGUAGAAGCUGCGGAUCAGGUGGUCCAUAUACAUGUGUCUUUCCCCUCUAGUUCUUCCAUUUUUAUUUCGGCUGUUUACGCGAGGUGUAACAGAAUUGGUAGGCGACAGUUAUGGGAGGCUCUGGAGCAUUUUUCAACGUCUGUUACACUCCCAUGGAUGGCCGUAGGGGAUUACAAUGUUAUUUCUUCUGUGGAGGAAAGGAUUGGAGGUUCAGCCCCGAAUAUUCGUGACCUGGAAGAAUUUAACUCUGCAUUAAAUCGGAGUGGACUAUUUCCGGUACAGUUUGAUGGGUCUGCCUACACAUGGACUAAUGGGCGUAUGUGGCAGCGGCUUGAUCGAGCGGUCGUUAAUGCUGGUUGGCUGUCUUCUAUUGAGCUGAUUCGAGUUGCUCAUCUUCAGCGAGGGCGAUCUGAUCAUUGUCCGUUGCUGGUUAAGGGGGGCAGCAUGGCAAGGCGGCGGUCGUCCUUUCGCUUUCUUAAUGUUUGGCGGAGUCAUCCUACUUUUCAACAAACAGUUACGUCUGCUUGGGCUCAGCCUGUUCCUGGAAUUGGAAUGGGCACCGGGGACAGUUGGCUUGAUAAUAUCGAGGAUAUUAAACUGUCAGCGUCUGAUUUUUUCUCCUCUUUGUUCACAGCCGACCGCGAUGUUAGUUCAGGGAGCAGGCCUUCACUUGAGCUGCCUAAGCUUACGCCAGAAGAGAAUGACAUGCUGCUGAAAUCUCCAUCGGUGGAUGAGGUUUAUACUGUAGUGUGCUCAAUGGACCCUCAGAGCGCUGCGGGGCCUGAUGGGUUUGGCGCGGGUUUUUAUCAAAGUUGUUGGGAGUGUAUAAGAGAUGACUUCAUGGACGGGGUGCAGGAUUUUUUUGCUGGUGCCACAAUGCCACGCGGAUUUUCCAGUACGACGAUCAUUUUACUCCCCAAGAGGGAAGGCGCAUGUGGGUGGAAAGAUUUUCGACCAAUAAGUUUAGCUAAUGUUAGUGCCAAGAUCAUUUCUAAGGUUUUGUCCACCCGUAUCAACCAGCUCCUUCCUAGGUUGAUUUUAGAGUUUCAGACUGGUUUUAUUCCGGGCAGGGGAAUACAAGAUAAUGUUUUGCUAGCUCAGGAAUUGAUUCUGGAUUUGGACAAAAAGCUGCGUCACCCUAAUGUAAUCUUGAAGUUGGAUAUGGAGAAGGCGUAUGACAGGGUGGAUUGGGGGUUUUUGUUAUAUAUGCUGCGAGAAUUUGGUUUUAAAGAAGAGGUAGUGGAUCUGGUUUUUCGGUUAGUAUCCAACGUCUGGUUUUCUGUCCUGGUUAAUGGGGAGCUCACCGGCUUUUUCAAGUCGACUAGAGGGGUUCGCCAGGGGGAUCCGUUAUCGUCCACUCUUUUCCUUUUUGUCUCGGAAUUUCUUGGAAGGGGUCUUCAGCGGCUGUUUUCUAGCAAUCCAGCGUUUAGAUUUUUGUCUAAGGGAGGGAUGGUCCCGUUUCUUGCGUUUGCCGAUGACGUGAUUAUUUUCACCCGGGCAUCGACUGAAUGCUUACAGGCGGUCUCGUCCUGUUUACACGACUAUCAAGCUCUCUCUGGCCAAAAAAUUAAUCUCUCUAAGAGUCGCUUUCUGUGUUCGUCGAAGCUCUCUUCGGAGAUUAUCCAAUUAAUUCAGCAAGAAACGGGGUUUCAAGGUCAGCCUUGGCCUGUCAAAUAUUUGGGAGUCCCGCUUUCUCUUGGCCGUAGCAAAGCUAUCUUAUUUGAUGGAGUAAUUGCCUCCGUGAGAGCAAAGCUUCACCAUUGGAGUUCCCGGUUUCUGUCUGCUGGGGGGAAGCUCAUAUUGAUUCGUCAUGUGUUGAGUUCUAUGCCUCUUUACCUCCUGCAGGUUACUAAACCGCCUAAGGGGGUCUUUAUUAGAUUGGGCAAGCUGUUUAACGCCUUUUUAUGGGAUGGCAAGGAUGGUAGGAGGAUUCAUUGGUCCUCUUGGGAAAAAGUCUGUUUUCCAGUUGAAGAAGGGGGAUUGGGGUUUCGGUCUCUUUUGGAUUUGGAGAGGGCUUUUGCAAUGAAAUUAUGGUGGACAAUACGUCAAAAGAGCUCUCCUUGGGCCAGAUUUAUGCACCGUAAGUACAUUGGCGAGCAACAUCCAGGUUUGGCUUCGGCUGCUGUGGGGUCGGCAACAUGGAAGAGGGUCUGUUUGGUGCGGGCUAUCACUGAAGAUAACAUUCGUUGGCGGCUCGGUGAAGGCUUCAUCGAUUUGUGGUAUGAUCGAUGGCUUUUCAAUGAACCACUUAGCAGCCAGGUUACUGGUGCGCCUCCUCACUUUUUGGUAGCUGAGUUUUACACCUCUACGGGGUGGAAUACUGAUCGUCUCCUCCAGGUUCUUCCACGAUCUAUUGUUAAUAUUAUUUCUCAAACAUUUGUUGAUCCGAAGCUUAAGGACGAGUUAAUUUGGGCUCCUUCCGCUGAUGGUGCAUUUUCAGUGUCGUCAGCCUGGGAACUGGUUCGGCAGCGGCGUAACACGUCUUUGGUUUGCCGUGGAAUUUGGUGUCCGUUACUCCCGUUAAAAAUGUCGUACUUAGCUUGGAGGGUUUUGUCUGAUUUUCUCCCUCUGGACGACAAGCUCCGGUCUAGAGGAAUGGCCAUGGUUUCUAAAUGUGAUUGCUGUGGUAAUGCGGUGGAAUCCUUGAAUCAUAUUUUCUUACAUGGCAGGUUAGCAAGUGCUGUUUGGCAGCAUUUCUUUCUGGCUUGCGGAAUUCAGUGGCGUUCACUCUCAUGUGUUUCUUCACUGCUAGUGGUGUGGUUCCAAUCUUCUAGCAAUGGUCGAUUGGAUCAUGUUCGGUGUGUCAUACCGGUAGUGGUGUUAUGGUUUCUAUGGCGUAGUAGAAAUGAUGCUCGGUUUGGAAAUCUUCACCCUGUCCAUUCCAAAGUUAUCUUCGAAGCCAAUGGGUGGUUGGUUGCUAAGGGGGCGGCUUGUAUGUUAAACAAAGUGCAGUUGGAGGGGGAUAUGGAUACGUAUUUUGCACGGUUUUUUCGGGUCAAGCCAGCCAAAUCCUUCUGUCUGAAGGCUAUAUCAUGGAUGAAGCCGCCUAGAGGGUCGUUCAAACUCAACACAGAUGCAAGUGUGAUCAAUGGUUUAGCUAAAGGUGGUGGGGUGGUACGUGAUUCUGAAGGGAAGAUGAUUGGUGCUUUUUAUGAGGAAUUUGGGGAAUAUGAAGUGGUAUAUGCGGAGGGCUUAGCAUUGUGUUCUGGGCUGCAGUGGUGUAUGGGGGCAGGGUUGUCAGGUAUUUUGGUAGAGGUGGAUUCCUUAGUGUUGGUAAGGUUGGUCCAGAAUCGAUCGGUUGGUAAGUGGCCGUUGUGCAGCGUCUUAAGUCAACUUCGCUUGUUACUGGGCAAGGUGAAGGGGUCUAUUACACAUAUUCAUCGUGAGGCGAAUGCCAUGGCAGAUAGCUUAGCAGCGUUAUCUCGGGAGAGUCCAUAUGUUACUUUUCAAUUUGUUCAGCAGCUUCCAAGUAGAGUUCGGUCGCUGAUUAAUUUGGAUGCGAUAGGUUUUCCAUACAUUCGCAGGUUUCCUGUGUAG